AUGUUUGUUUGGGCGGUGAGUAUAUCAGAGAGCAUAGAAAAGUAUACAAGAAUAAUCAAAGAGCUGGAUGAGAUAAAACUAAUACCAAGGGCGGGGAUAACUUGCUGCUUUUUAAAUGGAAGAGGAUUUAAAGGCAUCCACGAGGUGGGCAUAUCCCUGCUUUAUGUAUAUAUACUACUGACUAUCCAGUCUGUGCCACUGAAAAAUACAGCAAUUACAGUUAUGCUAUCAUUCUUUUUUACAGUCUGUAUGCAAUUAGCGCUGCAAACAAGGAAAAAUAGGCUUUCUCUGCUACUUUGCUCUAUUUUCUGUGUAUUAGACAUAUUUAUCACUGUGGACAUGGCAGCAGUCCAGUGCAUAUCGCACGUAUUUGGAGUGCAAACAUUUAGCCUGGGCAUACUUCUAGUGAUGUACAUAGAUGGAAGGACACGGCCAGGAAUUAAACAAUGUAUAGUAAAAGAUAUUUCAGUUCUGGUAUACUUUUUAAUAAAGAAAUAUGACAGUAGGCUGUGUAUAUACUACCCACACUCUGUGUCUGCCAUAAUUAUAAUAUGGUCAGUAAUUGAAGCCAUUAGAACAAAGAAAACACCGCUCCUGCCAGGGGUAAUUGAGGAUGACAUAAGCACAGAGUCAGAGGAAUCCGAGAGAACAAAGAGGCCAAGAAGAAAGGCAUCAUUGCGUCUAUCUGAGAAAAACAAUGAAUUACCUGCAAAGUCUGUAAGUUCUAAAGAGGCACAAAAGCCAAAGGAUAAAAAGGCAAAAACAUCCAAAAAGGAAUCUUCUGUUACUGAAGAUAAGCCAAAAAAAUCUGCAGAUAAGCCAAAAAAAUCCUCAGAAAAGUCAGUUACAAAAUCUUCAGUGAAAAAGCCAGCUGAAAAAUCAGCUGCAAGGCCAGUUGUAGAGGAGACAGCACAAAAGACAAAGCCGGUCAGAGCUGCAGCAAAAGAGGCAAGGAGUAAAUCCACCAAAAAAUAAAAG